CUCUCUCUGAGAGACGAGCAUAGCCAUGGCCACCCCAGCUGCUGUAUCUGAGGAGCUCAGCUGCUCCAUCUGCCUGGAGGCGUUCGUCUGCCCCUCCACGCUGAGCUGCGGACACUCGUUCUGCCUCCGGUGCCUGGAGGCCACCUGGGAGACGGCGAGCAUCUUCAGCUGCCCGCAGUGCCGAGCGACCUUCCCUCUGCGACCCCAGCUGAGGAGGAACGUGGCCCUCGCCAACCUGGCGGAGCAGCUCAGAGUUGGAGACGGGAUGGCCACGGCCGUCGUGUGUGACAACUGCUGUGAUGGCCAGACUCCUGCAGUGAAGACCUGCCUGAGAUGUGAGAUGUCCUUAUGUGCGACGCAUUUGAUGUCUCAUAUAGAGAAUCCCAGGCUGAGUGAUCACGUCCUGGUGGCUCCCACUGCGAACCUGGAGGAGCGACGGUGCCGUGAGCACAGAGAUGAGCUGAAGUACUUCUGUGAACAGGAUAAGAUCCCGGUCUGCACAGGCUGCACCAUCACUGGAGACCACUCCGGACACAGGGUCAUCACGGUGGAAAAAGCGCAACAGACAAGACAGGAGGAGCUCAGAGUCAAGAAGGAUGGGAGAGAAGAGAAGAGGAACACGGCUGCGUCACGGACAUGGACACUCAGGGACGACUACCGGCACGUGGAGGAGUCUCUGCGUGGGAUCAAGGUGCGGAUCAGCCGAGAGUUUGAGCGCCGGAGGGAGCAGUUGAGGGAGGAGGAGAGGGAGACGCUGGAGCGCGUGGAUGAGGAGGGCCGCUCUGUGCUGUCCCGCAUCCAGGCGGACAUCGCUCGCUACGAGAGCAGAGCACGCGGCCUGGAGCAGGAGAUCAACCAGCUGCUCGCCGCCCUCGCCGUGCAGGACCCGCUCUACUUCCUGCAGGAUCCCCUGACUGAGAGUCUCAGGAGCUCGGACUCGCAGGUGAUCCAGGAUGCGCCUCCUCCCACAUUCAGUCACCAAGAGCUCACAGAGGUCAUCUCGCUAGGAGGAGUGAAUAUGAAGCGCAUGGCUCUCGUGUAUGGACGCUCACCGACUCUGGACACAAACUCUGCCCACGACAUCCUCCAGAUUUCCUCGGAUCUCAGGACGGUGACGUGGAGCAUUAUCCCCCAGCAUCGCUCCCAUCACCCACACCGCUUUGAUUUCUAUCCACAAGCCCUGUGCCCUGAGAGCUUCUCGUCAGGUCAGCACUACUGGGAGGUGGACGUGGGGAGUGCGGGGUGGUGUGGGGUUGGAGUCGCGUACGGGACGAUCCCACGGAGGGGGAGUGGUGCUGAGUGCGGCCUGGGAGGGAGUGACGUAUCUUGGUGUCUACGGAAACAUGGCAACAGCUUCUCAGUGGUGCACGGCGGGGUAGAGACCUCACUGUCGGUGCCGGAGCCUCCGCAGAGAGUCGGGGUCCAUCUCGACUGGGACUCGGGGCUGCUGUCAUUUUACAGCGCCGACUCCAUGGCGCCAUUCCACUCGUUUCACCAAACCUUCGCUCAGCCCCUACAUCCUGGGCUGGGAGUGUAUGGGAGUGGGGACUCAGUGAGGAUUGUGGAUCUGAGUGGUGCGUCCUGA